AUGACAGAAAAAAAACUUAUACGACGUCCAAGGGAUGCUAUUCGAAGAGAUAUUUCAUCAUAUAAUGAAGUACAUCAAGAUAUCGAUACACGAAAAGCUCAAUAUUCGACGCUAGUAACGAAAUAUUAUAGUUUAACAACAGAUGUUUAUGAAUCAACUUGGGGUAAUAGUUUUCAUUGUGCUAAUCGAUUUCGUGGUGAAACAUUCGCAGAAUCAAUGCAACGACAUGAAUCUUAUUUAGCAUUAAGAAUGCAACUUAAACUAGGAGAUAAAGUACUUGACAUCGGUUGUGGAGUUGGAGGGCCCUUAAGACGCAUUGCAUACUUAACUGGAGCACAUAUCACCGGUAUAACAAUUAGUCCAUAUCAAGUUCAAAGAGCUACAGAAAUCGGUGUACCGCCCAAUUGUGAAUUUAUUCAGGGUGAUUUCAUGAAUUUACCAUUUGAAGACAAUAGUUUUGAUCAUGUUUAUGCUAUAGAAUCUGUAUGUCAUGCACCAGACAAAUCUAAAUGUUUUGCUGAAGUUUUUCGUGUACUUAAACCAGGUGGUUCAUUUGUUGGUUAUGACGCCUGUUUAACUGAUAAAUAUGAUAAUCAAAAUCCUGAACAUGUUGAAAUAAUACGUACGAUGGAAGCAACUCUUGCCUUACCUGAACUAAAAUUAACCCGUGAAUUAGUUUCGGAUCUUGAAUCAGUUGGUUUUACUGUUGAAGAAAAUCGAAUAAUACCCGAAGCUGAUAUUCCUAGUUAUCAACCAUUAGAUGGUGGUGAUUCAUUUUUCUCAUUCAAUCUUCAUCGCACAGGUCCUCUUGCUCGACGAUUAGGACAUUGUUUACUUUGGCUUACAGAGAAAAUUCGAAUAGCUCCCAAAGGCAGUACAGCAUUAAGCAAUGUGUGGCAAAAAUCAGUUAAAAGUUUCUUACGUUCUCGUAAACUUGAUAUAUUUACAUCUCUAUUCUUUUUUCUUGCUCGAAAACCUGAAUUAUAA